UCUUUCUCUCUGCUUCCCCCAAAUAUUUCGUCGAUCCUGGUUUUGGUUCCCUUUACCUUUUUGGUUCACUUCUAAUUAUCAAAUUUCAAUACUGAUUCAAUUUCCCUCCAUCUCAUCUUUAAUCGAGAAGUCGAAGAAGGAUUCUGCGCGCCCACCGUGAAAAGAAGGGUGAAGAUCAGUUUUAUAGGUUGAUUUAUGGCUCUUCCCGUAGUUUUAUAGGAUGGUGAUAUUGGGAUGUGAUAUCGCGUAGAACUCCUACCUGAUUCGGGUUUUUGAAGGAUUUGUGUACUUAAGACUAUGUAUGGCAGAGCAGGCCUUGAUCGAUUCAAGAAAGCUCAGUCUUCGGAACCCUUCUCAGUUACUGGUAAUUCUGCUGCAGCAAAGUCAGCUGCCGUGUCGGCUUUGACAGAAUCACAUAAUCCUCGCCUUACAGUUCCUUCAGCUAAUCAAACCAAUGGGUUACACGCGAAAAUUCAGUUUCCAAAUCAUCAGAAUGUAGCGCAAAAUACUGUAACUCCCGAUCCAGGGACGAAUGCGGCACUUACCCAACAGGUGACACAGGUUGGAGGCGGCCAGUCUUCAUGGCAGCCUCCUGAUUGGGCAAUCGAGCCACGCCCGGGUGUUUAUUAUCUUGAUGUCGUCAAGGAAGGGGAGGUUAUUGGGCAGAUUAAUUUGGACAAGAGGAAGCAUAUCUUUGGCAGGCAGUUUCAUACAUGUGAUUUUGUGCUCGAUCAUCAGUCUGUCUCGCGACAACAUGCAGCUGUUGUGCCACACAAAAAUGGCAGCAUAUAUGUCAUUGAUUUAGGGUCUGCUCACGGCACGUUUGUUGCGAAUGAGAGAUUGACUAAAGAUACACCGGUCGAGCUCGAGUCUGGUCAGUCUCUGAGAUUUGCUGCUUCGACCCGAACGUACAUUUUGAGGAAGAACAACGCAGCUCUAUUCCCUCCGCCCCAACAACCAGCAGAGAUCAAUCUUCCGCCACCUCCGGAUCCCUCUGACGAAGAAGCCGUGUUGACUUAUAACACAUAUGUCAACCGUUUUCUGAAUGGUCUGAAAAGAGCCGAUGCAUUGUCUAAAUCCGACGGGUCGAAAAAUGACAGUCAUGUGGUGGAGAGAGCGUCUAAGAGAAUCCGAAGAACAAGAGUGGCCUUUAAGGAUCAGGUCGGGGGACAGCUCGUCGAAGUCGUCGGAUAUUCCGAUGGAGCUGAUGUGGAGACGGAACCGGGCCCCGUUGGUGUCAAAGAAGGUAGUAGCCUCGUCGGGAAAUACGAAUCCCUCGUACAGGUGACUGUAAUACCGAAAGGGAAAGAACAGCCUCCCGGGAAGGAGGUCGCCGACCCCCAAACCGGCGUCACAGAGAAGCUCAAACAAGUCUUGAACAAAGUCAAAUCUCCGGCGAAUUCAAAGAGCGGCGGUGGAAUAUACGACGAUCUUUAUGGCGAAUCCUUUCCGGAAAAAGUAGGCGGUUCUUGGGCAUUCUCGUCCGUUGGAUCUUCUGGUCGAGAUACUUGUGCUGCCAAGAAAGGAGGAAAUGCUGAAUCCGUCAACAAGGAUGACGAUGACGACGAUGAUGAUCUAUUCGGGUAGCCGGAUGUCGUGGUGCUUUGCAACCUUGGGUGGCAGGUAUGUGUUAUCGAACCAACGUAUACUUUUUUUUGUCGUGCUGUCGUUGUUGUCUCGCCUAUCGUGUUUGAUAUGAACUAGGUUGAAUCGAGUUUAGUCGAAUUUGUGUGUCUCUGCUUAAAUGUGUAGACCUCAGAGAGAGAUUUUAAGUUUAGAAAGAUUGAUCGACGGAUCUAUGAUAAGUAAGCUAUGUUUUUUGCACCCGGUAAAAGGUUUCAAUUUUAUAUAACUACUUAGAGUUUUUAAAAAGAAUACUGUUAUUAUAUGGAAUAAAUAUUUGAUGAAUAGUGUUGUAAGUUUAAAAACAAAUAAUAUUGCAAGUAGUUCAAUACAAGAGUUGGUUUUGAAAUUAGUUAUAGCAAGUGUUGUUUUGUUGGAAGCGAUUACAUUACAUUACAG